GGAAGCAGGCGCGGGAGAACGACUCGGAACUCAGCCGAGGGGAUCCCCGGGGCGCGCCCUCGCUGCGCCCCCAGCCCGGCCGCGAGCCCUCCGCUAAGGGCCGGGGCCAUGGGAGCUCCGCGCCGCCGGCCGCGCGUGUUCCCCGGGUCCCCGCCGGGGCCGUCGCUCCUACUCUUCCUCCUGCUCCUGCGCCCGCCGGGCCUCGGUCUCGCCUCCCCGAGGCUCUUGGACCACCCGGCGCCUGUGUGUUCCCAGGAGGGGCUGAACUGCACAAUCAAGAACAGUACCUGCCUGGACGACAGCUGGAUCCAUCCUCGGAACCUCACCCCCUCAUCCCCCAAAAACGUGCAGACCCAGCUGCACUUCGCCAGCACGCAGCAAGGACACCUGCUUCCCGUGGUUCACAUCGAGUGGACGCUGCAGACCGAUGCCAGCGUCCUCUACCUGGAGGGGGCGGAGCUGUCCAUCCUGCAGCUGAACACCAACGAGCGUCUGUGUGUCAGGUUUGAGUUUCUGACCACACUGAGGCAUCAUUACAAGCGGUGGCGAUUUGCCUUCAACCACUUCGUGGUAGAACCCGGAGAGGAGUACGAGGUGACCGUCCACCACCUGCCUAAGCCCAUCCCUGACGGGGACCCAAACCACCAAUCCAGAAACUUCCUGGUGCCCGACUGCGAUGACCCCAGGAUGAAGGACACCACGCCAUGCGUGAGCUCAGGCAGCCUGUGGGACCCCAACAUCACCGUGGAGACCCUCGAGGCCCACCAGCUGCGGCUGAGCUUCACCCCAUGGAACGAGUCCACCAGUUACCAGGUCCUGCUGCAUAGCUUCCCGCCCGCGGAGAACCAGAGCUGCUUCCGACAUGUCGUCGACAUGCCCGUGUCCUCACAGGAAGCCGCCCAGCAGCGCUGCCACAUCACGGUCACCCUGCCGGAUUCCAGCUGGUGCUGCCGGCACCAUGUGCAGAUCCAGCCCUUCUUCAGCAGCUGCCUCAACGACUGCCUCCGACACUCAGUGUCCGUGCCCUGCCCAGAGGUCCCACAAACCCCAGACGCUGCUGAAGACCACACGCCCCUGUGGGUGUCUGCGUUCAUCACAGGCCUCUCCAUCCUGCUCGUGGGCUCCGUCAUCCUGCUCAUCCUCUGCAUGACCUGGCGGCUACCAGGGUUCCGUCAAGGAAAACAUGAAGAUGGCACCAAAGACACAGAGAUCCUGCCCACCGCCAUCAGCCUGAGCCCCCCGCCCCUGAAGCCCAGGAAGGUCUGGAUCGUCUACUCUGCAGACCACCCCCUCUACGUGGACGUGGUCCUCAAGUUCGCCCAGUUCCUGCUCACCGUGUGUGGCACCGAAGUGGCCCUGGACCUGCUGGAGGAGCAGGCCAUCUCGGAGGUAGGAGUCAUGACCUGGGUGGGGCGCCAGAAGCAGGAAGUGGCGGACAGCAACUCCAAGAUCGUCGUCCUGUGCUCCCGAGGCACCCGGGCCAAGUGGCAGGCCAUGCUUGGCUGGGAGGAUGCCGCCGCCGUGCAGCUCCGCUGUGACCGCGGGCAGCCGGCGGGGGACCUUUUCACGGCGGCCAUGAACAUGAUCCUGCCGGACUUCAAGAGGCCGGCCUGCUUCGGUACCUACAUCGUCUGCUACUUCAGCGACAUCAGCUGCGAGGCGGACGUACCCGACCUGUUCAACAUCACCUCCCGCUAUGCGCUCAUGGACCGGUUCGAGGAGGUCUACUUCCGCAUCCAGGACCUGGAGAUGUUCGAGCCGGGCCGCAUGCACCGCGUGGGGGCGCUAGCGGCCCAGAACUACCUGCAGAGCCCCAGCGGCCGGCAGCUCUGCGAGGCCGUGCAGCGCUUCCGCCGCUGGCAGGCCCAGCGCCCAGACUGGUUCGAACUGGAGAACCUCCGCUCGGCGGACGGCCAGGACCUCCAGUCCCUGGACGAGGAGGCCUUCGAGGAGGAGCCGCUGCCCGGAGGAGGGAUCGUCCGGCAGGAGCCGCUGGUGCGGGAGCCCACUUCCCAGGACCACCUGCUGGUGGAGCUGCUCCUCGCCGGGGAAGGAGGGGGCGGCGUGGCACGGCUGGAGCCCCAACCCCGGCCCCCGGGGCAGCCGGCAGCCCCAACGCUCCAGACCAUGGUGGUCCCGGUGGACAGGGCCCCUCGGGCUCAGGUAGUGGAGCCCGUCCCACAGGAGGUGGGCAGCGGCGCUGGCCGGCUGGCCCUGGUGGAGGGAGACGAGGCCUGCCCGCUGCUGGGGGGCCAGGGUCCCCGGCGGAACAGCGUCCUCUUCCUCCCCAUGGGACGGCUUCCGCCCCCGCAGCAGAGCCCGAGCCUCCAGGAUGUGCUCACGCCCCCCGAGGAGGAGCAGCGGCGGUCUGUGCAAUCGGACCAGGGCUACAUCUCCAGGAGCUCCCCGCAGCCCCCCGACGAUGACGCCGACGACGACGGGGAGGGGGUUGGGGAGGAGGACGGGGGGCAGCCGCUGUCCCCCCAGGGCCUGGAGAGCCUGCGCAGCCUCCAGCUGCUGCUCUUCUUCCAGGAGCUUAGCAAGAACCCUGGCCUUGAGCCAGAGGGGCCGCCAUUCGGGGCCCUCCCCCAGCCGGGGCGGUGAGUGAGCUCGUGUGUGCACGUGUGGGCUUGCGUAUGUGAGGCCGCAUCUUUAAAGGUAGCCAGCUUGACUGUUGGAGAAGGAAAUGGCAACCCACUCCAGUAGUCUUGCCUAGAGAAUCCUGUGGACAGCGGAGCCUGGUGGGCUGACUAUGGAGUCGCACAGUCGGAGACAACUGAAGAGACUUAGCAUGCAUGCGUGCAUUGGAGAAGGAAAUGGCAACCCACUCCAGUAUUCUUGCCUGGAGAAUCCCAGGGACAGCAGAGCCUGGUGGGCUGCCGUCUAUGGGGUCACACAGAGUCAGACACGACUGAAGCAACUUAGCAGCAGCUUGACUGUGUCCCCUUAGCUUUUCUUCAGGUGCCCAUGUGGUCACCUUCCAUCCCCGAGACCCCAUGGCCGAUUCCCAGGAGCUAAAGGACAGACCGUCUGCCUUUCCUUCCUUCGGCCUUUAUCUUGGGUCCAGUAUAGCCCUGACCACCAAGGAGCUGCUCCUCUAGUGAGAGAGUCGGGGCAGCACGCAGGGUGGGGGCAAGACAUGGAGGCAGAAGGGGUGCCGGUUGGGGGUGGAGGGCAGUUGGAAUCCUGAGUCUGGGGCAGGAGGGCAGUGGGGCAGAGUAUAACCGAGCCUGCUGCGGAAGGUGAGCCCAUGGGCCCAACUUGGGGAGGCCUGGGGGCCAGGCUGGGGUUGGGGCAUCAGGCCCUGAUGCUAAAGGCCGGGGCUUCUUUACCGGGAUGCCCUGUUCCCUGCAGAGGAGGCUGUAGAUCAGACACACCAGUCAUUUUCGGAGAAAGACUGGAUAGAAGUGAGUGUCUGAGCCCUGAUGACCUCAGCAGGGCCCUCUCCCACUGGCCUUGGUCAGUGGGAGAGCUUUGGCCAAGGAUUCUUCCAGGGUUGCGGGCUGAGCCCCUGGGCUAUAGCAUCCGGGCUCAAGAAGAACAAGGAGCACUCAGCCCUGUGCACGCUGGGGUCGCUCUAGGUUCUCUUUGCCUGAACCUGAGUCCUCCACUGUAGCUUCAAGCACCUGCAAGGAGGAGGGGGUUCUGAAAUUCAAGGAGAAAUCAGAUACCGCGUGUACUCGUGUGCGUGUGUGAAAGUGAGCUUAUUGAUAAAAGAGUGAAUAAAUUUUUAAACUCUGAUUAGA